AUGAAUGAUAGAAUCCCAUAUUCUAGUUUGGUUCAUACCUUUACGUUGAUCGACGGGACUACCAAACGACUAGAAAUUACUAAAUAUCUAAGUCAAUACCUUAUGAAAGUCAUCAACCGAACUCCCAAUGAACUAAUCAAAAUCAUUUACCUAUGUAUCAACCGAUUGUGUCCUGAUUAUGAAGGUAUCGAACUUGGAAUUGGUGAAUCGAUCUUGAUCAAAGCUAUUGGAUCUUCAAUGGGUAGAACACCUACUCAAGUUAAAGCUGAUUUUAAAAAAGUGGGAGAUUUAGGACUAGUAGCUCAAAACAGUCGAUCUACUCAAAAAACAAUGUUUAAACCAAAGCUCUUGACUGUUAAUAGUGUAUAUCAAGAUCUAAAGACAAUAGCUACCACUUCGGGACAUUCAUCUCAAGCUAAGAAAGUGGGAAUUAUUACUAAAAUGUUAGCGGCUUGUGAAGGCGAAGAAGCUAAAUAUAUUAUUAGAUCACUUGAAGGAAAACUUAGGAUCGGUUUAGCUGAACGAACAGUCUUAGUGGCUUUAGCUACUGCAGUGGUGACUACAGGUACUUCAAACCCAACCAAACGUAAAUCCAAAGAAACUUUAUCAACCGAAAUUCUAGAAGGCACCAAUUUAGUCAAAUCAGUUUAUUCAGAAAUCCCAUCUUAUGAUUUAGUGAUUCCUGCUUUAUUGAAAGGAGGAAUCCAAGGAUUAAGAGAGAAUUGUAAAUUAACACCGGGUGUACCUUUAAAACCUAUGUUAGCUAAACCUACUAAAUCGAUUUCAGAAGUCUUGGAUCGCUUCGAAGGUCAAUCGUUUACUUGUGAAUAUAAAUAUGAUGGGGAAAGAGCUCAGAUUCAUUAUUUAGAAGAUGGAACGAUUAGUAUCUUUAGUAGGAAUUCUGAAAACAUGAGUGAAAAGUAUCCAGAUAUGUUAGAUCAAAUGAAAAAAUCGAUCAAGACAGAUAUCACGAAAUCAUUUGUAUUAGAUUCAGAAGUAGUAGCAUGGGAUCCGAUUUGUAAAAAGAUCUUACCGUUUCAAGAAUUAAGUAAACGGAAACGAAAAGAUGUGAAAAGGUCAGAAAUCGAUAUUAAGAUUAAAAUCUUUGGAUUUGAUUUACUUUAUUUAAAUGAUGAAGCCUUAAUCAAACAAGAUUUAAAGUAUCGUCGAAUGAAGUUAAAAGAACAUUUUAAUGAGAUUGAAGAUGAAUUUAAUUUAGCUAAAAGUUUAGAUAGUGAUAAAGUUGAAGAGAUUCAAGUGUUUUUAGAUGAAAGUAUUAAGGCUUCUUGUGAAGGUUUGAUGGUGAAAAUGUUAAAUGGUGAAAAUGCUUAUUAUGAACCAAGUAGAAGGAGUAUGAAUUGGCUUAAAGUCAAAAAAGAUUAUUUAGCAGGUUUAGGAGAUUCAUUAGAUUUAGUAGUCAUCGGAGCUUAUUUUGGAAAAGGAAAACGAACAAACGUAUACGGAGCGUUCUUACUAGGAAUCUAUGAUCAAAGUACUGAAUCAUAUCAAUCGAUUUGUAAGAUCGGAACCGGAUUCACAGAUGAAGUUUUAGAAUCACAUUAUCAAAAGUUAAAGCCAUUAGAGCUUUUACAAAAAAAAUCUUAUUAUGAUACAGGUGAUGUGAAACCGGAUGUUUGGAUUGAGAAUCGGAUCGUUUGGGAAGUUUUGGCGGCUGAUUUGAGUUUGAGUCCGAUUUAUAGUGCUGCUAGAGGUUUAUGUGGUGAUGGUACAAGAGGGAUUUCAUUAAGAUUUCCUAGAUAUAUUAGAGAAAGAGAUGAUAAAGGACCUGAAGAUGGAACUGGACCUGAUCAAGUGGCUGAAAUGUAUGAAAGACAAGUUUGUACACAAACACAAGGAAGUAAAGGGAAAUUAAAGAAAAAAGAAGGUGAAGAUGAUGAUUUUUGGUGA